AAUACAGACACUCUCCCAUCACAAGCUUGGCUGAUUGUUCUUCAAUGGCGGUUGAAGAAGGCAAAGAUGAUUACACCCAAGAUGGAACCGUGGAUCUUAGAGGAAACCCUGUUCGUAGAUCCGAGAGAGGUGGAUGGACUGCUUGCUCCUUUGUUGUUGUGUAUGAAGUGUUUGAACGAAUGGCGUAUUAUGGAAUAUCGUCGAAUCUAGUGCUUUAUUUGACUCGGAAGCUCCAUCAAGGCACCGUGAAGUCGGCCAACAACGUCACCAACUGGGUGGGCACCAUUUGGAUCACUCCGAUCUUGGGUGCCUAUGUCGCCGAUGCUCAUCUCGGUCGAUAUUGGACCUUCGUCUGCGCCUCUAUCAUUUACAUCUCCGGGAUGUCAUUGCUGACAUUAUCAGUAUCAGUACCUGGACUAAAACCACCACCUUGUCACCUACCCAAUGUAGAAGAUUGCAAGCAGGCAUCAACGUUAGAGUUAGCUGUGUUUUUUGGUGCACUAUAUACGCUAGCCGUCGGAACCGGCGGCACGAAGCCGAACAUCUCGACAAUCGGUGCCGACCAGUUCGACGAUUUCCAUCCAAAAGAGAAGGCUCAGAAGCUAUCUUUCUUCAAUUGGUGGAUGUUCAGCAUCUUCUUUGGUACACUCUUUGCCAACACAGUUCUUGUCUACAUUCAAGACAAUGUUGGUUGGACCUUGGGGUAUGGUCUGCCCACAAUCGGGCUCAUCAUUUCGGUUAUAAUUUUCGUAGCCGGAACCCCGUUUUAUCGGCAUAGGGUGCCCACCGGGAGUCCGUUCACGAGGAUGGCUUCUGUCAUAAUGGCCGCCGCUAGGAAAUGGAGGGUGCCACUUCCUAGUGACCCCAAGGAACUUUACGAACUUGAUUUGGAAGAGUAUGCUAGGAAUGGGAAGUUCAAGAUUGAUUCAACACCAGGUUUAAGGUUUUUGAAUAAGGCCGCUGUAAAAACGGGGUCGACUGAUCCAUGGAUGCUAUGCUCUGUAACUCAAGUAGAGGAAACUAAACAGAUGCUGAGAAUGAUCCCAAUAAUGAUUGCCACAUUCGUGCCAAGCACAAUGAUUGCACAAAUCAAUACAUUGUUUAUAAAGCAAGGCACCACCCUUGAUAGACGAAUGGGGAGCUUCCAUAUCCCUCCUGCAAGUUUACACGGAUUUGUGACGAUUUCUAUGCUUGUUUGUGUCGUCCUCUACGAUCGUGUCUUCGUCCCGAUUAUCCAAAAAUGGACCAAGAAUCCGAGGGGCAUCACUCUGCUUCAAAGGAUGGGAGUUGGCCUUGUUCUUCACGUCCUAAUCAUGGUGAUUGCUUCAUUAACCGAGAGGUAUAGGCUCAAUGUGGCUAGAGAAAAUGGCUUAGUUGAAAAUGGUGGCCAGCUUCCAUUAACCAUAUUCAUUUUACUUCCCCAAUUUGUGCUUAUGGGGACAGCCGACGCGUUCCUAGAGGUGGCUAAGCUCGAGUUCUUCUACGAUCAAGCCCCGGAAAGCAUGAAGAGUCUCGGUACUUCUUACUCGAGCACGAGCCUGGGGAUAGGGAACUUCCUCAGCAGCUUCCUUCUGUCGACGGUUUCCGAUAUCACUCAAAGGCAUGGUCAUCAAGGAUGGAUCUUGAACAACCUAAACAAGUCUCAUCUGGACUACUAUUAUGCAUUUUUCGCAGUGCUCAACUUCUUGAACUUCAUCUUCUUCGUGUCGAUAAUCAAGUUUUAUGUGUACAAGGCCGAAGUUUCGGAUUCGAUGCAUGUGCUCACGGAAGAACUGAAGGUGAUGAGAUUAAAGGCAUCAAAUCAAGAACUGCUUAAGGAAUAGCUUGAUGGUAUAGUGUUGAACAAAUUAUCACUUCAGUGAAAUGUUGUGUAUUUUUUUUUUUUGGGUUAAACUUGAGCCACGUUUACAAUGAUAAUCAUUAUAAAACUACAAGGAUUAAGAGGGA